AUGAGUUUUAAAGUAAAAAGGAUAUGUUUGUUGACUAAUAGAGAACACCUUUUAUUAACUUUAAACUUAAUGACACAGCCUUCUUCUAAGAAAGUUGCUCCAGCUCCAUUUGCUUCAAAAUCAAACACAACCAAAACCAAUAAAAAUCCAUUAUUGGCUUCAUCGCCAAAAAAUUUUGGUAUUGGUCAAUCAAUUCAACCAAAAAGAAAUUUAUCAAGAUUUGUAAAAUGGCCAGAAUAUGUUAGAUUACAAAGACAAAAGAAAAUCUUAUCUUUGAGAUUAAAAGUGCCACCAUCAAUUGCUCAAUUCAACUAUACUUUAGACAAAAACACUGCUGCUCAAACUUUUAAAUUAUUUAAUAAAUAUAGACCAGAAACCACUAGUGAAAAAAAGGAAAGAUUAACUAAAGAAGCUGCUGCAAUUGCUGAAGGAAAAAACGCAAAAGAUGUUCGUGAAAAACCUUUGGUUGUCAAAUACGGUUUAAAUCAUGUUGUUUCAUUAAUUGAAAACAAAAAAGCUAAAUUAGUUUUAAUAGCUAAUGAUGUUGAUCCAAUUGAAUUAGUUAUAUUUUUACCUGCUUUAUGUAAAAAAAUGGGUGUUCCAUACGCUGUUGUAAAAGGUAAAGCAAGAUUAGGUACUUUAGUUCAUCAAAAAACUUCUGCAGUUGCUGCUCUUACUGAAGUCUCAAGUGCUGAUGAAUCAGAAUUAUCUAAAUUAAUUUCUACUAUAAAUGCAAACUACUUAGAAAAAUAUGAUGAAAAUAAAAAACAUUGGGGUGGUGGUAUUAUGGGUUCAAAAGCUAAUGAUAAAAUUGCUAAGAAGGAAAAAGCUAUUGCCAAUGCUGCCUCUUCAACUGGUCAUUAA